AAAGGGAAUAUUUGGAAACAAAGAAGGUGGAGAGGCAGCUGGCUGUUGGAUUGUUGUUUUCAAUGAGAAACGUUUCUCAUCCAAUCCGAUAGCCCCCGUAAUUUUAAAGGGGUUUGGAUCCACCCAAGAUUCUGUCAAAUCUCCCCAAUUCAUCAGACUUUUGUUAUUAUCUUCUUUGCUGUGCAUUUCUAGAAUUAACCCUGAAACUGAAAAUUAUGACAGGGAUGGACUAGUUUCAAUAAACAUUGUUCAAGAAUGGCUAACUACAAUAAUAAUCCUUCAAGGUUUAUUAAUUUUUAAAAGAUUUUGUCAUAUAGUCCUCCACUCCACUCCAACCCCAGAUUCCCCAGAUUUUGUUGUUGACACUAUUAUAUUGACAUUAAACAAAAUUUCAGACCCCAAAAAGAAAAAAAGAAAAAAUUAUUGAUGCAACGGGCCCACACGUUGCCGGCCGUGUAAGAUGCUUUCUUACAUCCUCCUUGUCGGUCCAACCAUGUUCCACAAUUGGCCGAUAGAAAUAAGAAACAAGAACCACCACAUCUUCUUAAACAAAACGAACCAUGUUCAGGGUUGCAUUAAGAAAAAAGGUUACCAUUUCAAGAGCUCCUGUGGUUUCUCCAAGCUUCAAGAUGGGAUUUUCGUCCCAGACUGCGAGACUUGAAGGCAAAGUGGCGCUGAUCACUGGAGCAGCAAGUGGCAUAGGAAAGGCAACUGCAUCCAAAUUCAUCAGCAAUGGUGCCAAAGUUGUCAUUGCAGAUAUCCAACAGCAGCUUGGCCAGGUCACAGCAAACGAGCUCGGUCCCAAUGCGACCUUCAUCGCCUGUGAUGUCUCAAAAGAAUCCGACAUUUCCAAUGCUGUAGAUUUCACCAUCUCUAAACAUAGCCAGCUUGACAUUAUGUACGCCAAUGCAGGGGUAGCCUGCAACACUCCCCCGAGCAUUGUGGACCUCGACCUGGCAGUGUUCGAUCGUGUCAUGAACAUCAACGUGCGAGGAGUCGUUGCAGGAAUGAAACAUGCUUCGCGUGUGAUGAUCCCGCGCAAAACUGGCUCCAUUCUAUGCACAGCCAGUGUCACGGGACUAAUGGGAGGACUCGCACAGCACACCUAUUCGGUAUCCAAGUUUGCUGUCAUAGGCAUUGUUAAGUCUCUGGCUGCAGAGCUAAGCAAGCAUGGAAUUCGGGUCAAUUGUGUAUCGCCAUUUGCCAUCCCAACCCCAUUUGUACUUGAAGAAAUGAGUCGGAUUUUCCCGGGAGUCGAUAUACAGCGUCUAAUAGAAAUAACACAGAAUGCCGGCGUCUUGGAGGGCACAAAUUGUGAACCCAACGAUAUUGCUAAUGCUGCACUUUAUCUAGCUUCAGAUGAUGCUAAAUAUGUUAGUGGGCAUAAUUUGGUGAUAGAUGGAGGUUUUACAUCUUUCAAGACUUUGGAAUUUCCUGCACCAGAUCAGGUGCAUUAAACAUUCAUUAUCAGUUGUCACUGACUCACUAUGCAAAGACAUAUGAGAUGAGAAGACAUUGAUUCGAAA